UCGCCGCAGGUUCCUUCUCGCCGCCGCCGCCGCCGCGCCGUCAUUCAUGGAGAGGCGUCGCCGGGCGGGACUAGAGCUUUAAUCCAUGCUAUUCAACAUCCCGCACUGCAAAUCACAAGCUCCAGUAGCCGCCGCCGCCGCAGUCGCAGCUUUCCCCAGCCGCUUCUUGUCCUCCUCCUUGCCGGCGCUGGUCCCGCCGCCCCCGCCCCUGCCCGAGGAUAACCCGUUCGCCGCGCUCCUCGCCUCUGACCCUCCGCCGCCGGAGCCUCUCCGCCUGGUGCUCGCCGCGGGCGACGUCCGCUCCGCGCUCCGCGGCCUCCCGGGCCUCGCGCGCCAGCUCUUCCGGUGGGCGGAGGCCACCCCGCGGGGCUUCCCGCGCACUGCCUCCGCGUUCGCCGACGUCCUCGUCCCGCUCGCCCAUGCCAACCACCUCCGGGCCGCCUACCCCGUCUCCCUCCGCGCCCUGCACCUCGGCCUCCUCCUCCCCCUCGUGUCCCUUCUCUUCUCCGUUCCACACUCUCCCUCCAACCGAUCCCUGCUCAGCCUCCUCUUACGAUUGUCCACCAAGUUCCCAGCCCAAUGCGGAGCUCAGGACCCCGCGCCCACCACCUGUUCGACGUUGUGCCUGGCCGCCUUCCGCGAGAUGGCGUGCCACGGCGUGGCCCCUGAUGUCAAGGACUGCAACCGCGUGCUGCGUGUGCUUCGUGACGCUGCCAGGUGGGACGACGUUCGUGCUGUGUAUGCAGAGAUGCUCCACCUUGGAAUUGAGCCAAGCAUUGUGACCUACAAUACUUUGCUGGAUUCUUUCUUGAAGGAGGGAAGGAAGGACAAGGCUGCCAUGCUGCUGAAGGAGAUGGAGACACAGGGGGGUGAUAGCUUUCUGAAUGAUGUCACAUAUAAUGUGAUGAUUAGUUGGCUAACCAGGGAAGGUGAACUGGAGAAGGCAGCAAGGCUUGUUGACAGAAUGCGGUUGUCCAAGAAAGCUUCAUCCUUUACUUACAACCCACUUAUCACAGCAUUGCUUGAAAGGGGUUUUGUGCAAAAGGUUGAAGCUUUGCAGUUGGAGAUGGAGAAUGAGGGCAUUAUGCCUACAGUGGUCACAUACAAUGCUAUUAUUCAUGGGCUGCUUAAAACUGGGCAGGUAGAGGCUGCGCAGCUGAAAUUUGUGGAGAUGAGGGCGAUGGGCUUAGUGCCAGACUUGAUCACAUACAAUUUGUUGAUAAAGGGUUAUUGCAAGGCAGGCUAUUUGAAGGAGGCAUUUUGGUUGCUUGGUGAUUUGAGAUGUGCAGGCCUGGAACCAACAGUUUUGAAAUAUAACAUUCUUAUGGAUGGUUAUUGUAGAUUAGGUGAUUUAGACGAAGCUAGGAGAUUGAAAGAGGAAAUGGCAGAGCACGACUGUAUGCCAGAUGUUUGUACAUAUACAAUUCUCAUGAAUGGUUCAUGCAAGGUGAGGAGCCUUGCUAUGGCAAGAGAGUUCUUUGAUGAGAUGCUGAGCAAAGGUUUGCAGCCAGACUGCUUUGCCUAUAAUACAAGGAUUUGUGCAGAGCUAGCCCUAGGGGCUACUUCCAAGGCUUUCCAGUUGAAGGAGGUGAUGGUGUUGGAAGGAGUAUAUCCUGAUACAGUAACAUACAAUAUUCUUAUUGAUGGAGUGUGCAAGACUGGUAACCUGAAAGAUGCCAUAGAUCUUUGGAUAAAGAUGGUCAAUGAUGGUUUACAGCCUGAUUGUAUCACAUAUACCUGCUUGAUUCAUGCGCAUUGUGAAAGAGGACUCCUAAGAGAAGCAACAGAACUUCUUGAUAACAUGAUCUCAGAUCGUUUUAAACCCUCAGCUGUGACCUACACAGUUUUAAUUCACGCUUACUGUAGAAGAGGAAUCCUUUAUUCAGCAUAUGGUUGGUUUCGAAAGAUGCUGGAGGAAGGAGUUGAGCCUAAUGAAAUAACAUAUAAUGUGCUCAUACAUGGGCUAUGCAGGACAGGCAGAACUCAACUGGCUUAUCGCCAUUUCCAUGAGAUGCUGGAAAGGGGAUUAAUGCCAAACAAAUAUACAUAUACAUUGUUGAUAGAUGGGAACUGUAGAGAAGGCAAAUGGGAAGAUGCAAUGAGAUUGUAUUUUGAGAUGCAUCAGAAUGGUAGCAGUCCAGAUCAUUGCACACAUAAUGCCUUGUUUAAAGGAUUUGAUGAAGGCCGCAUGCACCGCACAAUUGAGUACUUGGAGAAUAUUGUUUUGAGUGAAUAGAUUGGUCUCCCUGAAAGAUUGACCUAUUGUCCUUGCUUAGCGGAUAUGUCCUUACAUGAUAGAUGGGGUUUGAGAAGGGAAAAGAAAAGAGAGUUUGAGAAGAUCUUCUUUGAGUUAAGUCACUGGGUGCUUUCCAAAUGACUAGUUAAGCAAAAGGAGGUCUUCCACUUGCUGCUCAAGAGAUUGUUGGAGUUGGGGGCAGUUCUGUUAGAAAGAAGAAAAGCAAAUAGUUGAGCAGAAACAAGUCUUCCUCUUGCUCUUAAACCUUGUCAGCAUUCUUUCCUUGGCAUUAUAUACUUUUGCCACUGGAAACUGCGUGGUAGGAAUAUGCUCCAGUUUCUAAAGGCCUCUCAUAGUCUCAUUAUACGAUUCUGUCCCAUUUGGUAUCUUCUUUUGAAGUUUUGAUAAGGUGUAAUGGAAACCUGUCCAUGAAUUCUGGAUGCCAACUAUCUCAAAUAGUAAAUGGCUGUGGGCCUUUUUGUGACUUAGCUUUCUUCAGUUAUACAUAGGAUUUGUCUUGGUAAGAACAUACCAAGAAUUUUUGUAAUAAAUAAUUCUUGUAUCACCAUUAAUUUUGGCAUAGGCAUAAGUGUUAUGAAAUUGACCCCUCAGAUAUAGAACUGUGUUCUCAUUCUUUGCAUCAGUUAAUGAGAAGGUUAUCUCUUAAUUUUAGCUCUGUGCACUGUUACUGAAUUUUGGCAGAAUUUGCAUGAAAAGACUCUUUAAUUUGUCAGCUCACAUAAGUAAUUGUUGUUUCACCUAUUUGCAUUCUAAUUUCUGAACUCCAUUUGCACCGUGUGCGUGUGUCACACUUGCAAUAUUUUCUGAAUUUAUGUACUUCAUGGUACAUUGAUUAGUCAUUAACCAAAUAGAGGUGAAAGAAUAUGGCCUGUAUGUAAUGAGUUGUGAUAACAUGGACGAGUUAAUACUUCAUAAUUUCAUAUAGGUUUUGCUAAUGCCUAGCAUAAUUAGGUAUCCUACUGUCGAAUGCAGUUUCAGUUAUUUGAUCUGUAACAAUCAGUCGUAAACUUUUUUUUUCUGUGUUCAUUAUAGAUUAACAGUACAGCUGAGGUAUGGACUUGUCAAUUAUAGAUUAAUCUUUUAUCUUAUCACCUUCUCAAACUGUAUCUUCUAAUAAAAGGUAAGAAACUUCAAUACUCAUGGACUUGAAGCUUUUCAUCACCUACUAAUCUAUUGAUUAUUAGAAUUAGUUUCCCUUUUGAUUGCUUAUUGGUACCAUAUGCAUAACAUAAGGUGGCAUUUUUUUUACUAUGUUCACUUUAUUUAGAGACUCGUGAACAUCCAAGGUACACUACUACCUCUUGUCCGAUUCACCUGUCAUUUAGGUCAAUGAUACAAUCUCCAAUGCACAAAGCUGACCAAUACUUUUCCUAAGCAUACGCUCUAAAACUAAUGAAUUUUAAUGACACGUGUAAUUUAUCAUUUGAUGAUGACUCGGUUGAUGUUCUCGUGUGAAAAGAAAACUGAAUACUUUUAUAUAUGUUGUAACCAUCAAAAAUUUGAUUGUUUGAUUGCAUGUUCUCUAGAAUGACAUCAAUUUUGGACCAAAGGACAAGUACCGAGGUCCCACAUGAUGUUGUAAUUAUUUGAUAUCCUGUAGAAUAAUAAUAGGAUAAAGUGAGAUUAUUGUCUAUCAUGUUUUGCUUUAGACCAGCCUUGCUGUUGUCGGAAUACAACUUCUGGAAAAAGUGGUAAACUAAAUAGCAGCUCGCAGCUCCAGUUUUUAGCAUUUUGAAAAUGGAUCUACUGUCACAUAGUUGAGGGCUCUUCUCCUAUCCAAGAGUGUUUAGAACUUAGUUGGUCCACCAAUCUGCCAGCAUGAACGUAUGUCCAACUUCUGGAAGAACAUGAUACUAGAUUCAUGGAAAUGCCUCUGCUGCUCAACAAGCACUAGCCUAUCUUCGUAUCCUUGCCAGAUGUAUACAGUAUACAGAACCGCCAUUUUGAGGGAAACGGUCAGCCUCUAAUCAUGAUGGAUUGAUUUGUAGAUCCAUUGCUGCCUUGAUUUAUUCUGAAACAUAAAGUAGCCAAUCUAUGUUGUGCCAACAUAUCUUAGAAAAGGUAGCCUAUUUUUUAUGACAUUGCUUUAGUUCAACCUUGAAUACAUAUGUUUCCUUUGGUAUUUUUUUUCUUCCUGUAAUUUUCAUGUAAAUGAACUAAUAUAUUACUGUUUCUAUCGCUGCUUGUAUUACAUCUUCAAUUAACCUGCUCUGUGAAGUAGUAUUCCAUGCAAUGCAAUCUUUCUUCUGCAUUUAUAUCUGAGGCUGUGAUUUACCUCCAUAGUUCUUGGCAUUCUUAUCUUCUGAAGGUGAAGGACCUCCAUAUCAUGCUUGCUAAAUAUUUCUGGGUGGUGCAUGGCUGCUGCAACAGAAUGGAGCCACCUCUGGAUCAUCCACAGGUAAAGCAAGGAUGACAUGUUGCGUGCAAUCUAGAGGGUGCUGUGCUCUUGCACAAUCAGUUUCUUGAGGCCCGCAUGGAUACUUCAGCUGGGAAGGAAGACCAUCAGUAGUUGAUAAUCCGCAUGGGAAUGAGGACCUUCAACUACAUCUACGUCUUGCAAUGAGAGGAGCAGGAGCAGCAUUUGACCUAUUGGAAGACUGAUUCUGAUGAGAGCAUCGAGUUUAACCUACCAGAGAAGCCGUCUUUCCUGUCAAGGGUCCUUUGCAGAAAAGAUGAAGUGAACAAAAGUGCUCUGAAGCGGUCGACCACAACGACGUGUCAGGAAGGAAGGCUGGCAUCCAGAUCAACGUGUCAGGGUUUAGCGACCACAACGACGUGUCAGGAAGGCUGGCAUCCAGAUGAACCCAUGGACGUUGAUCAAGUUGAGCAAGGAGAAGGUGACCAUAGCCGCCGUCGCUGCGUGCAUGUGAGCGGAUCAGACAGAUGCUGCCAACAUCACCACUUGCUGUGUCACCGCAGCCGUUGCCAGCCUCCACCUGGUGAUGCCCCUUGCGCCGGGUGCAGCUUGGCAUCCUAGGGGGCAAUGUGAUGCCAAAGCAGCGUCCAUUUCUGCAAUGGGAUCAUAUCAGCUGCAGAGAUCCCAUCAUCUCAGUCGUCUUCCGCAUCUUGAAAGGAUGUUUUGGAUUAGAAUGUACCUCUAUUUCCAACAUCCGAUUAUUGUAGGCAUGAUUCCAAGGUUGAUUUCUUGCUUCUGAAUGCUGGCUGUCCAUUACAACAUCUCCUGGUGCUGUGAUCAGAUUGGUGAAGAGGAGAUGGUACAAGGCACUGAUGAAAUUCGUUACCAAUCUAGAUGGUUUGUCUCUUUUCUGCCUUAGACAUGUGAACUCUUGAAAUUCUGCAACUUUGUUGCUUUUUGGUAAUGAAAUUUGGGGAACACCCCACAGUGGAAAA